AUGACCAUCAAGCUGUACGCCAACCUCAUCAGCCAGCCCAGCCGUGCGGCCGAGUGGAUCUUGCGUCUCAAGAAACUUGACCACGAGUUCGUGGCCGCGGACUUUGGCUCGGCCAUUUUCAAGUCGCCCGAGUUCUUGAAACUCAACCCGAAUGGCCUCAUCCCGGUGUUGCAAGACGGCGACUUCUCCAUCUUCGAGGGCAGCGCCAUCAUGCAGUACCUGGCCGAGAAGAACGGCUGGACGGACCUGUACCCGGCCGACGUGCAGGCCCACGCCAAGGUGAACCAGUAUCUGCACUGGCACCACACGAACGCGCGCCACAUCACGCCCAAGGUGCUCGUGCCGCUCAUGCACACCAAGCAGAACGUGGCCACCCCGGAGGAGGCCAUUCUCGUGAAGGACACGCCCGCUCUGCUCACGAAGCUGUCCGAGCUUAUGGAGAAGUUCUUGGUUAAGGACUUUGUGGCCGAGACGGACCAGCCCACGAUCGCAGACAUCGCCGCCUACUGCGAGUUCGUGCAGGUGGAACUCAUGGGCAUCUACGACUUCUCCAAGUACCCCAAGCUCGCGGCCUGGCUUAAACGCAUGAAGUCGGUUCCUCACCACGACGAGAUCCACGCGCCCCUGGACCAGUUCCUCACCAGUCAGGAGCUCAAGACCAAGGCCGCUGCCAACGCUGACACUGUGAAUUGCAAGAUGACGUUGAAGCUGUACGCGAAUCUGGUGAGCCAGCCCAGUCGUGCGGUGGAGUGGGUCAUGCGGCUGAAGAAUCUGGAGCACGAGCUGGUGCUGACUGAGUUUGGGAGUCGCACGUUCACGUCCGCUGAGUUCUUGGCGUUGAACCCGAACGGAUUGAUCCCAGUGCUGCAAGAUGGAGACUUUGCGCUGUUCGAGAGCAGCGCUAUACUGGUCUACUUGGCCGAGAAAUUCGGCUGGACGGAUCUCUAUCCGGCCGACGUGCAGGCCCACGCAAAGGUGAAUGAAUAUCUGCACUGGCACCACACGAACGCGCGUCUGAUCACCAUGAAGGUGCUGGUCCCGUUGAAGCGUGUCAAGCAGAACAAGCAGCUUCCGGACGACGUCGUGCUGGUGAAAGAAGCGCCGACGCUCAUUGCGAAGCUGCUCAAGCUGAUGGAAAAGUUCCUGGUCAAGGAUUUUAUCGCCGAGACGGAUACUCCGACACUUGCGGACUUUGUCGCGUACUGCGAGUUCGUGCAGAUCGAACUCAUGGGCAUCUUCCAGUUGUCGGAAUACCCGAAAUUCUCGGCCUGGAUGCAGCGCAUGAAGAGGACGCCAAUGCACGAUGAAAUGCACGCCACGCUGAACGAGUUUCUGGCUAAUCUCGGCCUGAAAACCAAGGCAAAGGCCAAGGAGGAGGAGGGUCAAGAGAAUCCGUAAUUAGGAACAGGAAGGCUUGGGUUCGGAUUGACGCUAUUGAUUAUUAACAAGCUUCAGGAUUCUAAUCCGAAGAAUGCUAGUUUACUACGCUACCUUUCUAACCCGCUUCCGACGACGGAUAGAACGGAUAGACUCUUACUUAUAUUUCCACCUCGGAGUGGAGUUUCUCGUAGAGUUCUUCUAGCUCACGAGCAAUCUCCUUU